AUGCGUAGUAGCAUUUUUGGCGGUGCUAGUUUUUGGAGCUGCUCCGGCUUUUCACCUCCAUCCCGGGCUCUUCCCUUCGCCUGUUCUCCUGUUUCUUCCUUCCUUCCUUCCUCCCUCUUCAAUCUCAGCGGGGCUGACUGGUAUCUCCCCACAACUCACCUCCUUUUCCGGGGUGUCAUUUCCUACAUUAACCUGCCUCGGGCAUAUCGUCAGAUCACAGGUUGAGUUCUGCAAGUGUCAGCACAAGAGACUUUCAAGUGUUGGAAGCAGAGCUGGUAGGCUAAUUCCCAGUGUCAAGGUCCUGCAUUGAAAAGAAGGAAGAUGAUGAUUGGUCAUUUCCAUCUAAACGGAUACUGUUUGAAAAGCUGAGAGAUGUUGAGGUGGUUGCUGGGAGGAAGAGAUGUGCAGGAGCCAGUGGAGAAGUCUCUGGUUCUCUGCAUGGGAGAUGAACAACCUCAAAAUCCCUAUACAGAGCUACAGGUACUGAAAGGCCACAGUGAUAUUGUUCGCUUCAUGACAAGGAUUGAUGAUCUCAGGUUUGCUUCAGCAGGGGAUGAUGGUGUCGUGUUUGUGUGGAAUGUCCAGACUGGAGAAAGAGUUUAUGAACUUCGAGGCCAUUCUAGACCAAUAACAGCAAUUGCUGUCUUUCCAUCAAUGCAUCAUUUACAACCAGAAAGUCGCCAACUCCUCACUGCAUCCUCUGAUAAGACCGUCAUUAUCUGGGAUUUAAACACUGGCAACCAAAUCUAUUUGUUGACGGAAUUUCAGUCCUCUGUUAAGUGUCUGAUGACUAUCGAAAGACUUGAUAUGUGGUUGUCUGGAGCAGAUAAAGUAUGCACUUGGAACUGUCAAGCAGAAUUGCUCUGCAAAACAGCUUGCUUUAAAGACGCAGAUGUAAGCUCAGUGAUGGAACUACCAAAAAACAGCAUUGCUACAGUGGUCAGGAAGGAUAUAGUAAUUUUCAAAUUGACACCAUUGUCAUCGGAAUCUCAGACUUGGGAAAUUACUGAGUUGAGAAGAUUGUCAAACCAUGAAGAUGACAUCAGGGCAAUAAUCAGUAUAAAUGAUAAUACAUUUGCAACUGGAUCCCAUGUGGGUGAGUUAAUAAUUUGGGACAGCCUGGACUGGUCAGUUCGAGCAUCGGAAUCUCAGUUCUGGAAUUCUGCCCAACAGUCUGAUAAACCAGCGGAAAUAAAGAUAUCGUUGACCCCAAACCAGCAAGAAAUCUGCAUCCAUCACCUGUUUUCAGAUAGAGAGAAUGUUUUUGCUGCCAUUGGAACUGGAAUUUAUGUGUAUAAUCUUCAAACAAAAACAGUGAUUGCAUACCAGCAAAUGGCACAUGAUUCACGUGUGUUGCACAUUGCAAAGUUACCGAACAACCAACUGGUUUCCUGCUCGGAGGAUGGUAGUGUUCGCCUCUGGGAAUUACAGGAGCUCCCACCAGCUGAACCUGCCACGUCAGGGCUUUUUAGCAUGUGGGGAAUUGGCAGACCAAACAAACAGCAAAACCAAAUGGCAAAACGCAAGCCGGAAUGUUCUGUAUUAAAGACCCUGGAGUUAACUGGUGAUUUGAUUGGCCAUUCAGGUGCAGUGCGAAUGUUCCUGUAUUUUGAAGACCAUGGAAUGGUAACCUGUUCUACAGAUCACCUUAUCAUUUUAUGGAAAGAUGGAGAAAGGGAAUCAAAGUUGAGAAGCAAGACAUUAUUCGAAAAAUUGGAACGGGAAGAACAAUAUGAUGCUUAACAUUUGAGAUAAUUGUGAAACUUCUAAUGUGAACAUUGCAUGAUGGCACUAAUGACUCUGAGACCUGCAGCAAGUGUUUUGAUAUAAAUCUUUGCAACGUUAAUAUUUCAAAGACUUGCUGAGAAAUUAAAGCUGUAAAUGUGGCUUGAUAAUUUAGAUCUUAAAUUGUAAGUCAAUUUUCUGAUAAACUGACCUCUUACCAGUUCUGAAUUUACAUUAUUUUAACGUUGCAAAUUGUCUACUGAACCAAUAAUUUUAGUAUGAUUUGUAAAAGUUUAUUUACUUAUUCAGUGUACAGAAUAGUAUUAUAAAACUUGUACUAUAAAGUAUCUGGCAAUAAAUCUUUGUCAUAAAACAAAAGAUUGCAAUAUUUUAAAGUAAUAUUUUUAGCCUAAAUAUUGUCUUGUGGCUAGCUGUGUAACAAUUGAAAUUAUGUAAAUGAGUGUUAAAAUAUAAGAUUUACGUUUGAAAAGUUCCAUGUUGCUAAAGUCAGAGAGCUGACAAAUUAUUUACAUCUGCAGCAAUCUUUUCGAGGAUUUGUUUACUGCUGCAAAUUGUGUGCAUUGUCUUUGAUGGGAAUGAUUUGGAAGGUCCACUACUUAAUAUUGCCUGCACCUGGAACUAAAAUGACUAAUGUUUACUUGGAUCAUUUUGCCUCAUUAGUACCAUUGUCUACCUGCUUCAGUGAUCUAUCAGUUGUUUCCUUUACUAAAUAAGUACAGAAUAAAUUUUCCAUUGAUCACAUCAAAUGGGUUGGUUAAAGAAGGACUUGGAGCCUAUUUAUUUCAGUAUGUCCAAAAGACCAAACCUACCCAUUGAGUACAUUAAUGUUGUUCCUAGCUGAUCAGGUCCAGUUUAAUGUAUCUUGAAGUUCUGGUAUAGCUUGAGCACAAUCUUCUUGUCAAAAGACGAGUGUGUUUUGUCCGAAUGAAGCUUGAUGUUAAAGCUGCUGUGAGAGGAACUGGACAAAAGUGACCAAAUUUAUUUUAAAUAAC